CAAAGCUGAGACUUUGUCAAUUUUUAUUUUUUAUUUUUUAUAAUAUUUCACAUUUCAAAGUUUCAUAAUUCCAUUUCCUUCUCCCAAAAACAAAUAAAAACAUAGAAACAGUAAAAAAAAAAAAAAUGUAAAAACACAGAAAUUGAAAACAGAAAACAGUUAAAAAAAAAAAAAAAAACAAAUGGCUUCACUGGCAACACAUCUCUCGGCGUUUGUCUUCCUCUUCCCUACAGGUCUCCAUCGCCUCCUCCGUUCCUCCUCUCUAUACCUCGAAAACCCAUCUAUCUACAGAUCCAAAACAUGGUAUUUCUCAGAACCCAGAUGGAAAAACUUGGACUUGUACGCUCUCAUUGUAGCCUUACCCAUUGCCUCUUUCUCCGAGAUUUUCAUCUUCUUGAAUUUUACCGGUAACCCAACUUACAGAUUUGGUUUUUUCCAGCAAUCAGCAGUGGUAUUCCUCUUCUGGGUACUCAUCCUUUUGAUCAUUUUCCGAGAAAACUUUAACCUUUUACAUAUUAAUGAAGGCUUUGUGUUCGUCUUGGUGGGGAUUUCGUUUCUUGCUGAGUAUUCAGUGAUCGGCAAGGGGAUUACGGGUCUCAGUGGCACUGUUUAUGAAUUGUUAGGUGCUUUGGCACUUAUCUGUGCUGGCUGUUGUAUGUAUUUGUCAAUCAGACCCUGGUCGUUCUUCGCAGAGUUUUUGCUGUCUUCGGGAUUGAUUUUCAAAGGUACAUGGAUUUUGCAAACUGGGUUGUCUUUGUAUACCGAUGUGUUUGCUUUGAAAGGGUGUCAGAAAAUUUCAAUGGUUUUGACCAAAGAAGAUGCUGAUGUGCGGUGUGAUCUUGAAGAGGAUGGUCUGAGGGGUGCUGCUUUGAUGAAGUUAUUGUUCAUUGGGCAUGCAAUUGGAGUCUUGGUAUUGAGUUUUGUGUCAUUUGGAUUGGUUUCGAGCAAAAGGAGAUCGAGAAAUGGUGAAGCAGGAGGGCCGUUGUUAGCUCAGCUUGACUCACAGACUGUGUUCAUGCGUCCAAACGCUGAGCUUGAGCUUGAAUGAAUGAAAUAUGAUUGAGAUUUCCCAUCAGCUGAAACUGGAAAAAGAAUCAUUAUCAUGUUAGUCUCUUGGGUUUAUACCACAGUUUUAUUUAUUUAUUUUAAACAGAAAAAAACUAUUUUUGAAGAAGCUAAGUGCAUGUUGACAAUCUUAAUAUUGAGAGUUUUGCAAUCUUCUUAUCCCACAGUGGCUGAUAUAAUAAGGGUCUGCAUCAUUAAUAUUACUGCAGAAGUGUAGUUUCAAACGAAUCUAUGCUCCUAAUGUGCUUUUCCUAGCAAAUUCCUUGUUAUACAAUUUCUCACUUAGAUUCCCACUUGUAUUCUACUCAAGUAUCAUUAAGCAGUUUACUGAUCUAUCUACUUGUCUUUGCCUAAGCACAUUUUAUAUCAUUCCGGCA